GGGUUCAGAUGGAAGCAGAAAAGUGGAGCGUGUUCAUGAAGAGCAACGACAUCAGCAAUAUGAGAGCAAUGAUAAUUCAUCAUCAUUGGAAAAUGACAGUAUGCUGCUUCCCCAUGACAGAGUAGGGAGCGACUUCUCUUGGCUGCAGGCGCAGAGUCAGCAGGAAUCCGCAGUCCUGAAGGCUGAGGAGCUUGAAGAUGAAGAGUCGUUCUUGUACGGUAAUGAAGACACUGGAGAAAAAAAAACCAAUAAAUCCUCCACCACACUUUUUGCAGCAUACAAACCACAGGGAAUGGAUAGUUCAGGCAGUCAACAGAACAAACCCAUUUUCAGUAGCUUUGGGGAUAUGCUUGAUCUCAAGCAAACCCUUCAAAGGACUUCCUCGAGCGUAGCCUCUGCCAGUCUGGACAGCAGUGAGUGUGAGAAGAUCAAGAACAUAUUAAAAAGUCUGGACACAGUAGACGUCGGCAAGAUCAUGGGGAAGAUGCAGGGUCAAAAGGUGGAGAAGCAGCGGUCUCCUGCACCUUCCAGUUCAGAGCAGACAGCAGCAGCCUUAACCCUGCCCGAGCUGGGUAACCCUAAUGUACGGCAAGCUCUGCAGUCUCUACAGUCACUGAUCAAAGCAACAAAGGAGAAGCGUGAACAAAAUGAUGGCAGUGGUACAUCGCAGACAUCCUCUGAUAAUCACAAGGCACGUGACAAUGAGGAAGGGAAGAAUGACAGACAAGCCCGGAUGAAAAAAAUGGAAUCCUUGAUGAAUGAGCUGGAAGGAUUGUUAAAACAGGAUGGAUUGAGUUUUCUGUCACCAGUGAUUGGGUUUUACUGUCAGAAAUGUGAGGAGUUCAUUGGGGAUUUGAGUAGUGCUGAAACCCAUGCAGCCAUCCAUCACCAUGGGAACUCGGGCAGUCAUAAAGUGCGGAUGGACAGGAAUGCUGAAGACAGCAAGGGACCCUCGCGCCAUUUGAGCAGCAGCUCUGCUCAUCCACAACCCUCAGAAAGGAGGGACCACAGGGGCUCUGAAUACAGAGAGUCAGCAGAGCACAGGAGUCACAGAGACCACCAGCAAGACCCCCAGCGAGACUGGAGGGACGACAGGGAUCACAGAAACAAAAACCACAACGAGGGCGGGAGCCACGGGGACGCCAUGGGAAACAUGUCCUUGAAACAGGAGAUGAGGAAGGAGAGGCUCCUCAUCACGGUGUCUCGUGGACAGACCCCUCCUCCUAAAGGGAGGGCCAAAAAGGAGGUAAACAAGGAGCAGAACAUCGGGAGUCAUAACAAAAUCAAAGUGGAAGACACUGACUGCAAGGGAAAUCAAUCCAACAGCAGCGGAAAAAAGAAAGGCCUAGUAAAAUAUGAAAGCAGCGACAGUAGUGAUGAUGACAAAGGUAAAACACAGAAAGACAAAUCCCCUAAAAAGAAAAAGAAGAAGAAGAAGGAUAAGAAGAAAAAGAAGGAGAAGUCCUAAGUGUUGAGUUAUGCUUGAUCCUACACUGAGAACCACAUGGUUAUUUUUUAUAGAUAUGAUCCGCAGAGGAAGGAGUUUUCAUGGUGUAAGGAAGUGCACUUCCCUUAGAUAAAGAUUAAUAUAAAUGUUAUCUUUGUGAUUCUGGUUGAGAGGGUUCUCGCCUGAAGUUUUGAGUUCUUUGAGGAGUAAGUUCCUUGCUCUGCUACUUCCAAACACAUCCGAGACUCAUCUCUACUAGACGCACAGGUGACAUUUUGAAAAUCUUCUUUGGCUGUAAAUGUUCCAAAAUGUCAGCAUGCUUAUUUUGCUUUGUUGCUUCCUACAUAUUUGGCAAUGAGAAUGAAUAUGUUGCUGUACAGUAAGCUUUCAGUUAACCCCCACAUCCUGGUUUGAUGUUUCAAGUCAGUGUUUGAAUGAUUGUAUUAAUACCAGUUACCGUGUACCGUGAUGGAAAUGUGAUGUGUGUAUUUUGCAGUUGUGUUCAACUUUCCAACUUGUCUGUAUUUUUAUCUGAAAUAAAAGAUCACACACAA